AAACUAUGUAUCCCUGUCAUAAUUAUUUCAUUUUGUAUUUGUUUAAAAAUAUGUCAUAAGACAAGGCAAAUAUUGAUGUCAAUGUAUGCAGUAAUAAUUUAAUAGUUUAUUUUAAGGGGAGUAUCUAUCCGCAAGAGUGUAGAGUUUAGAUAUCCUUAUAAGGUUAAGUACAAUCAAACCAAAGACUGAAAUAUUAUGAAAAUUAUGUACCUAUUGCUGAAUUUCAUAUAAUCCUGAUAAAACAUACACUAAGAAUAUGAAUAUAUAAAAUUUUCGGAAAGGUAGAUAUUAAAAUUAGGAUAAAUAAAAUGAGCGAUACUGAAGAUAAACAAGAAAUCACAGAACCUAAGCCUUCUGGAACCCUACUAAAUCAUUUGGAAAUUUCUGUAUCUGAAUCUGAGAAACGUGUCACUGGUUCCUUAAAUUUACGAGAUCAUUACACUGUGUACCUAAUCGAAAUAAAAGUUACUGAUCCAGAAUUUCAGAAGAAAGUCGGCAAAUUGACAACAGUAUGGAGAAGAUAUACGGAAUUUGAACAACUUCAUGAUUAUUUAGAAGUUACUUAUCCAUAUUUAGUUAUACCUCCUCUUCCUGAAAAAAGAGUGCUGUACGGCUGGCAAAAAAUUUCUAAUGAUACAUUUGACCCAAAUUUUGUGGAUAGAAGAAGAGCAGGAUUAGAAAAUUUCCUGCUCAGAAUUGCUGCCCACCCCUUAUUAACAUGGGACAAACAUUUCCUAGAGUUUUUACAACACGAGGAGGAUUGGAGAGAGUCAUAUAAAGCAAAUGGAUAUUUACAACUAGUAGAAAAUAAGUUAAAAAGUCUCAGUGUGUCAGUACGACUUAAAAAACCUGAUCCACAUUUCGAAUCGGUCAAGGAUUAUGGAUCAACUUUAGCUAGUAACCUUAACAAUCUUCUCAAAGCUCGUUCUAGAGUUGCGGAAAAACAAUACAAUGUCCAUAAACUUCAUGCAAACUACGGAAGAGUAUUUAGCGAAUGGAGCGCCAUAGAAAAGGAAAUGGGGGAUGCUCUGCAGAAAUCGGGACAUUAUUUGGAUUCGUUAGCCUCUAGUAUAGAUUCAAACCUCGAAGACGAAGAACUGUUAGCGGACCAAUUAAAAGAGUACCUAUUUUUCGCAUAUGCCCUCCAAAACGUAUGCAAGAAUCACGAGUUAUUACAGCUUCAACUAGAGAACGCCGAAGAUUCCGUAGCAAAUAAAAAUGUCGAACGUGUUAGAGUUCAACAGGGUAAAAUCGGUUUGAUGUCAAAAUUGUUUGGAGCCGUCGAUACCGAAGAAGUUAGAGAAUAUAAAGUAACUUUGUUAGACCAGCAGAUACAAGAGGGGGUUGCAACCAUGAAUAAUGCCAAAGAUUGUUUGAGUGAUUUUAACCAAAAAUCUCUAAGUGAUAUUGAAUUAUUCCAGAACCAAAAAGUAAUGGAUCUAAAAGAUACUCUCAGCAAUUAUGCAUUUCUUCAACUAAAAGUUUCUAGGAAGGGUCUUCAAACCUGGACGCAGAUACGCGACUGUCUACAAAGUAUUCAGUAACAGAUAUUUCAACGUACUUAAAAAAUCACAUUUUAUAUUUUGUAAAGCUUAUAUUUAACAAAUUAAAACUUAAUGUAUAUACGUAACUUUUUGUUAUUUAUUUUGAUGUUUAUUCUUGUUAAUUUUUCUCUUUGCUUAUUUAAUGUAAACUUUCACUAAAACUUUGAAUGUUCAUAUUAAAAGAGCUGUGUAAAAUAAUAA